UAUUCCGGGGGGGGGGGUCUACUGUUAUUUCCCAUUUAUAGAUGCCUAUUCUCCGUUUUUUUUCUCUCUCUCUCUCCGCGUCUGUCGCGCCUCCCUCCAUCGCCCUUGAAUGUUGGGAGAUGUGUCAAGAGCUUUUUAGGGCAACACGAUCUCAACAAAAAAAGAGUGAGGAAAGUCUUCUGGCCAGUCGUGGUUGUGUACCUGAGCGGAGUGGUGUGACACAGGCCAGAAGGGACCCGCAGACAUGGAUGACGUGUAUAAAGCAGCGGUUGAGAACUUGACAGAAGAACAGAAAAAUGAGUUCAAGGCCGCCUUCGACAUCUUCAUCCAGGAUGCUGAGGAUGGCUGCAUCAGCACCAAAGAGUUAGGGAAAGUCAUGAGGAUGCUGGGACAGAAUCCGACCCCCGAGGAGUUACAGGAGAUGAUCGACGAGGUGGAUGAAGACGGCAGUGGAACAGUAGACUUUGAUGAAUUCCUGGUUAUGAUGGUCCGCUGCAUGAAGGAGGAGAGCAAAGGAAAGUCAGAGGAGGAGUUGGCUGAACUCUUCCGGAUGUUUGACAAGAACGGAGACGGAUACAUAGACCUAGAUGAGCUGAAGGCCAUGCUGGAGUCCACCGGAGAGGCCAUCACUGAAGACGACAUAGAGGAGCUGAUGAAAGAUGGAGAUAAAAACAACGACGGCAAAAUCGAUUAUGAUGAGUUCCUGGAGUUCAUGAAAGGUGUUGAAUAAAGGAUUCUACCAGAGGGGCCUCCUGUGCAUUUCUCAUGCAUUUGCUUUGAUUGAGUCAUCACUGAUAAGUCCAUUCCUGAAGACAUGCCCCCAACUUUCCCCUGCAAAUAUUUUGAUUCAUGGUAGAGGUUAUAGAACAAGAUGUAAUUCAGAACGACUUUUCAAUAAACAUGUUUCCAUAAUCCUGUA